UCUUUUUUUCUUUUUCUUGUUUCUUUCUUUUCUUUUCUUUUUUUUCCAAUUUCCUUGUGUAUUGGGGCGAGACAGGGGAUCUCCUUCCCCUUCUAAUUGUGGAACAGGGGACUCACGUUCCCCAUUCCCUCUCCAGAAAGAGGACCUCCCGCCUGCCAUUGCUACGGCCGGCUGUGAGUGGGAUCACGGCGACAGAACAACCAGCAUCUCACCGGUGAAGACGGCGAGCAUGGCCGGAAAUAUCAAAAAAAUCGUGGAAAACAGGGGAAUCAAUCUGACUGCCAUUUUGACCAAAAUCCGGCGGUUCGUCGGCCAGAAUCCGAGAUCUAGGGAGUUGCGAAAGAGGGAAAGGAAAGCUAAUCAAAAGAUGUUGGGUUGUUACCCGGUGACCUGUGGUGACUGUCUCAGCAUUGGUGGCGGUCGGAGUUCGAGAAGAAAACCAGGAAACCGAUGGCUUUUGGGGUUGAGCUUGUUGAUAAUGAAAUCAAGCCAAAGUGAGAGACUCUAAAUGGAGCUGAAAGGGCUUGGAAUCCGACUCAAGAUCGGCUUCAUCCACGGAAGAAUCGGAGAAGAAGAGUCCUGUUCGGACUCGUUCCCCUCCCCCUUGCCACGUUAUCCAAUUAGAAUCAAAAUCGUCAUAGUAGUCAAAGAUUGCGUUAUUUUAUUUAUAGAAAACCAACAACCACCCAUUGUCAUCACAAACUAAAACAUGAAUUUGAUCCUGUUCCUCACUCAAUAGAGUUCUAAACGAGUCUGACCUCCUCUUGAAUAAAGGCGGUUUUUUGAGGCAGCUUAUCCUCCUUAUUUCUGACCUCAAUCAAAUCCUCGUCUUUUGAGGAAUUUUCCGAUAAGAUCUUUUCUUCCCGCGAGUGAGGAAGGAAGUUGUUAGCCCGCGAGAAAGGUUGGGAUCUAAACGAAACCGAUUCAGCGAUUCACUCCGGCAAGCUAUACUUCCCGUUUCCAGAUUGGUCAGUUCUUCGUUUUCCAGGAUUCCUCCUCUCUCCAACUCCGAGCUAUAAAAAAAAACGAAGGAGAACAGGGAAACAAAUCAUGGGCAUCAGCAACGAUGUUGGUGUAGAUAGAAUCAGUAAUCUGCAAUCGGAUGGGAGUCCUCUCCAACUCCGAGCUAUAGAAAAAAAACGAAAGAAAGCAUGCAUCAGCAACGAUGGUGGUGUAGAUAGAAUCAGCAAUCUUCCAUCGGAGAUCCUUGAGCGCAUACUUUUCUUCACUGGAGUGAGGCAAGCCGCGCAGCUGAGCGUCCUCUCUUCAACAUGGAAGGAUCUGUGGAAGUCCAUGCCCGAUCUCUACUUCGAUGCAAGAGACUUCCCUCCCACUCGGGAUGAAAACUUGCGCCUUGUCCAACUCACGCACAGGGUGCUGCGGCACCGAACUUGGAGAGUACGGCAGCUUCGCAUAGUGAUUUACAAGGAGAUUCAUCAACGGAUUGGUAUUUCUCCGCGCCUGUGGUUCGAUUUUGCAGCGCAGUGUCAUGCCGAGGAAUACUCUCUCUCUUGUCUUCCGCACUCGUCCUCAUCACCCAUAUCAGGAUUGAUCGGUGAAAACCCUAACAUUAUCGUGUUUGGAAUGCUGCUGCGGAGUCUGUCUAUUUCGGGGAUAUGUGAACCUUUUAGUGCAUUCGAAGCACCUUCUGAUGCUUGUCCAUUGCUUGAAAAGCUUUCCAUCGUCGGCUGCAGUUUUGAUUCUAUCAAUAUCUCCUCAAGCAGAUUGAAGCAGUUGACAUUACACGAUUGCGGUGUAUUUGGACGCCUCCGUGUUGCCACUCCAAGUCUAGAAUCGUUUGAUUACAGACAUAGUUUUUCUCGUGUCUGCCGGUUGGAGAACCAGCCUUCUCUUAGACAUGCAUCCAUCGAGAUCAACUGUGAAAACUGGAGUUGUGAUGCUUUACUUGGAAUCCUCCGAGCGAUUCAAAAUGCUACUUCAAUAACUCUUCCUUGGUGGACCCUUGAGACUUACUACAAACAGCAAGGUUCAUUUAGUUGCCUACCAACAUUCCAUAAUGCAAAGCAUGUGACAUUGGUAUCACAUGGUCAAAGGAAUAUAAUAUUGAUAAGCGAUCUGCUGCAGAAGUGGCCCAAUAUAGAGACUCUGACAAUGAGAUGAGAAGGAGAGCUUGGGAUCAACUCAAGAGGAAGGAUUCAAAGCUUUAAAGCAACCAUGAUCACCAUUUUCCAUGGCAGCAUUUUUCUUUUUCUUUUUCUUUUUUUUUGGUUUUCGAUGGUGGUAUAAUACAAUAGUAUAGAGAAGACUUGUCAGUAUUUAACAAAAAUUUCAUGAAUCUUUUUGCAACUUUAGUUGAUGUCCAAUCAUGGGAAGUUCACAUUUUGUAAUAGAAGAUGUGCACUUUAUUUUA